AUGGCUAUUCCCCAACAAACCGCCUCGAUCACCAUGGCUGCAGCUCCAGCUGUGAUCACCCAAGGCCCCGAGCUCUGGUGCUCGAAUGGACAAACUGCCGUCUAUACGACAGACUGUACAUUGGGGACCCCAGUUUCGUACUGCUUCAGCCAGGAGCCUCCAAUCGAGUGCUCACGGGGAUUCUUCCCGUCGGUUUGGCAUCCAGAUCAUUGCAUGGAGCAAUCAAGCUGUUUCCCGCUCAGCGAACCCUGGAUUACCACUAAGUGCUCGAAUGGGGCUAUUCCGUAUUCGACGUCAACCAUAUAUGAGGGCACAUUAGUGGGAGGAGAAUCAACUGUGAUCAGGGCCGUCUCCUGCGCCUGUGCUACAAGCCAAUGGUACAGCAUGACCUUACUGCCAGGCUCGUCGAACUAUGACACGUUCUGUAUGCCGCACAGCUACUGUCCACGGGGUAUGACGACCUCCGUCUCGAUCAAUGAGUACUGCGCCACUCAGCCGGUGGGCGUCUGCUCAGAUAUACCACUGGAAACCAACUUUUGUCAAUGUGCCGACGCGGCGCGGACUCCAGUCUACCCUGACUGGCCUGGUGCUAAUCCAACUGGGUGCGAGUUUUUAAUCGAAUGA